AUGUCUAUGAUAGAAGCUAAGAUAAGGCGUUGGUCUUAUUGGUAUACAAAUACUUUUAAGAGUCUAAACUGUAUAGAGAUAGGGAAACUACAAAAACAGGUGGAGUAGUUGUCAUGAUUCGCAGCAAGCAAGACAUGAUAUAGUUUACAUACACAGCUAUAUACGGCUCUACUGUAUAGAGAGAGAUAGAGAGAGAGAGACGUGCGGGCAUGUUUAGUAUGAGGCGGCGGCCGGAGGAGGACGGGGCGGCAGUUGACGGCAAAGUGGCGGUGGUUGAGGACUCUGAAAUGGUGGCUCCUCCCGCCGCCUCUAAACAUGAGUCUCUUCUUGCUAAAAAGUAUCCUUAUAAUAACUUUCUCCUCUCCCCUACUGGAACUAAGUUGUAUAUAUGCAGGUUAAAGUUUGUGACCUUCAAAACAAAGUUAUAGGCAUUUAUUUUUCAGCUAACUGGCACCCACCAUGUAGAAAGUUCACGCAAGUGUUAUCGGAUGUGUACGCUCAACUUAAGAACAGAAAUGCUGGGUUUGAGGUGGUGUUCGUGUCGUCCGAUGAAGAUGUUCAUGCCUUUGACGCAUACCGAGCGUGCAUGCCGUGGCCUGCGAUUCCGUUUUCUGAUCUGGAGACGAGGAAAGAGCUAAACCGGAGCUUCGGGAUUGAAGGUAUUCCCGCCCUGAUUAUAAUACAACCUAAUAAUAACCGUGAAAAUGAUGAGGAUGCAGUUGUGUAUAACGGAGUUGAGGUGAUAUACCGCCAUGGAAUGGAAGCUUUUCCGUUCACCAAAGAGAGGUUGGAGGAGUUGCACAAGGAAGAGAGGAAGAAGCAUGAAAAGCAGACGUUGAAAGAUUUGAUAACACAUCGUCACAGAGAUUUUGUUUUGGGCCACUCCAUACUGCAAGAACAAGUGCCUGUUGAUUCAUUAAGUGGGAAAACGGUGGGGCUGUAUUUCUCAGCAAAGUGGUGCCACCCGGAACAGAAAUUCACGCCAAAGCUAAUAUCAGUGUACCAAAAGAUUAAGCAGGAGACCGGAAACAAUGGCGGCGGUUUUGAGGUGGUGUUCGUGUCGAGCGACCGUGACCAGAAAACCUUCGACGCCUACUUCGGGACAAUGCCAUGGCUAGCACUUCCAUUUGAUGACCCGAAAAACAAGGAAUUAACCAAGUACUUCGACAUUACAGGGAUUCCCAGCCUGGUAAUUCUGGGACCGGACGGCAAAACCGUGACAAAGCUAGGGAGGAAUCUGAUAAACUUGUAUGAAGAAAAGGCGUAUCCGUUUACGCGAGGCAGGGUGGAGUUGCUGGAGAAGAAGAUGGAUGAAGAAGCGAAAAGUCUGCCGAAAUCUGAGUUCCACGUGGGGCACCGCCACGAGCUGAGUUUGGUGUCGGAAGGGACCGGCGGCGGAGCUUUCAUCUGUUGUGACUGUGAUGAACAGGGAUACGGCUGGGCUUACCUGUGCCUCCGGUGUGGCUAUGAAGUGCACCCUAAAUGUGUGAAAACUAUCAUGGAAUCAAAUAAGACUUAAUUUGCUGGUUUUUGCGGUAGUUCUUCAGAUUACCAAGGUCAUGUUUCAAGUAAUCGAUAAUAAAAUAAAAAUGCAAAAAUUUCUCAUUUCCUAAA